AUGGUUGAGUCAGGAAGACUCAUUUAUAUCAGGACACACCAAAAAAGCCUUAGGUGUGAAACAUACAGUGGAUUGACCGAUGCUUUAACUAGGGGAGAAGUAAAUCCGGUAACGCAAGGUCGUAGGAUAAUACUACCUUCGAGUUUUACAGGCGGAGCUCGAUACAUGAUACAGAAUUACCAGGAUGCGAUGGCAAUCUGUAGAUGGAUUGGAUAUCCAAAUUUAUUUAUCACUUUUACAUGCAACCCAAAGUGGCCAGAGGUGCAACGUUAUUUGCAAGACCGAAGGUUGAAAGCAGAAGACCGUCCUGACAUCAUUUGUAGGUUAUUCAAGAUGAAAUUGGAUGCCUUAAUAGCUUACUGUAGAAAGAACAAACUGUUUGGCUCUGUGGCUGGAGUUAUAUAUACCAUUGAGUUCCAAAAAAGAGGUCUUCCGCAUGCUCAUAUACUACUGUUUUUGGAUACAAAACAAGAAGUGGGACAAGUUGGUACUCUCGAAAAAAUCAUUUCAGCUGAGAUACCGGAUGAAAAUACAUAUGCAGAAUACUACAAAGCAGUUGAGGAAUUUAUGAUGCAUGGGCCAUGUGGAAAAGCACGGUAUGUUGUACCGCACAAUAGACAUUUGUUGCUUAAAUACAAGGCUCAUAUAAAUGUAGAGUGGUGCAACCAGUCCCGCUCAAUCAAGUACAUGUUCAAGUAUGUAAAUAAGGGACAUGAUCGGGUAACAACCGAGUUCUACAAAACUAGCAAUGAUGAAGACACUGCUACAAUCAUAGAUGAGAUUAAUAUGUACUAUGACGGUAGGUACAUAUCACCCUGCGAAGCGGUUUGGCGUUUGUUUGGUUUUGAUAUACAACUUAGGGCUCCUUCAGUGGAAAGGUUAAGCUUUCACCUCCCGAAUCAACAAACGGUGGUGUUCUGCGAUGACGAUCCAGUUGAGAACAUUGUUAAUAGACCCACAAUAUCACAGAGCAUGUUCUUAGAAUGGUUUGAGGCUAAUAAGACAUUCCCAGAUGCAAGAAAUCUGACUUAUACUGAGAUGCCAACGAAAUUCGUGUGGAAGAAAGAUGUUAGAAAAUGGCAGCCAAGGCAAAGACGUUUCGCAAUCGGAAGGAUUUUUUACGUACCACCAGCCACCGGGGAAAUAUUUUAUCUUAGAUGUUUGUUAAAUAAAGUACGUGGUCCUAGAAGUUAUGCCGAUAUAAGAACUGUUGAUGGUGUGCAAUAUGGAUCAUUCCGAGAUGCGUGUUAUGCUAGGGGUUUAGUUGAUGAUGACAAAGAAUAUGUUGACGGAAUUGAGGAAGCAAAUCAUUGGGCGUCUGGGGAUAAGUUGAGGAGAUUUUUUGUUACAUUGAUAAUGACAAGUUGUAUAGGAAAACCGGAAGCCGUUUGGAGUGCUGUGUGGCAACAUCUGUCUGAAGAUGCACAAUAUCAAAUACGAAAACAAUUGCAUAAUACAGAUUAUGUCAUGAAUGAUGCUGAGAAGAAGAACUUUACUUUAGUUGAGAUUGAAAAGAUGUUAUCAAUGAUGGGAAAGAGUUUGAGGGACUUUUCAGAAAUGCCAACGGCAAACUACGAGACACACAAUUUAAUAUCCAAUAGGCUCAUACAGGAAGAAUUGGCAUAUGAUUGUCUUGCUCAGGAGAAAGAUAAUCAGGAAUUGGUCAGUCAAUUAACAAAAGAGCAAAAAGGAGUUUAUGACGAAGUGUUAAAAGAUAUUGAAGGGAAAGCUGGGGGAUUAUUCUUUGUAUAUGGUUAUGGAGGUACUGGUAAGACGUUUUUGUGGAGAGCAUUGUCCACCGCAUUAAGGUCAAAGGGUGAAAUAGUGUUAAAUGUUGCAUCUAGCGGCAUAGCUUCUCUUCUAUUACCAGGUGGCAGGACUGCACAUUCUCGGUUCGCUAUACCUAUAUCUAUGAAUGAAGAUUCCACUUGCAACAUAAGUCAAGGCACCCCUUUGGCUCAGCUGAUUAUGCAGACCAAGUUGAUAAUCUGGGACGAAGCUCCAAUGAUGCAUAAACAUUGUUUUGAAGCCCUGGACCGAACUAUGAGGGAUUUGUUGCGCUCCAAAAAUCCAAAUAGUUAUGAAAUGACAUGCGGUGGUAAAACAGUUGUAUUUGGUGGAUAUUUUAGGCAAAUUCUACCUGUAAUUCCAAAGGGCACAAGACAAGAUAUUGUGGGGGCGAGCAUAAAUUCAUCAUAUCUUUGGAGAUCCUGUAAAGUUUUUAGGCUAACCAAGAAUCUACGACUAAGAAGUGUACAAUCAUCGAUUGGGGCUAAAGAAAUUGAAGAGUUUGCAAACUGGAUAUCUAAUAUAGGGGACGGAACACUUGGUAAUUCAAGUGACGGUGAAGCAGAUAUUACAAAUCCAGAUGAGUUAUUGCUUCGUUGUGAUGAUGACCCUAUUGCUACCAUUGUUGAUAGCACAUUCCCUGCCUUUAGACGUGGUAAUGUGGAUCUGUAA